UGACAGACCUGGCAUCCUUUUCUGCCCGGCCGAACACAUAAAGGCCCCCCUUCUCCCCGCUUCCUCCGCGGAUGCUGCAGUCAAGUUGGCCGCGCAUGCGCACUCUCGGUCCUCUUUUUGCUCGGAAGCGCCCCAGACCCAUCGCACCAUGGCAGAUCCCGAUCUUGACUUCCAGACUGGCGAGUCUGGCGCCUCCGCCACCUACCCUAUGCAGUGCUCUGCCCUGCGUAAGAACGGGUACGUGGUGCUGAAGGGACGUCCCUGCAAAAUCGUAGAGAUGUCCACCUCCAAGACCGGCAAGCACGGACAUGCCAAGGUUAACCUGGUUGGUAUUGACAUCUUCACCAACAAGAAGUACGAAGAUAUGUGCCCCUCCACCCACAACAUGGAUGUUCCCUCCAUCAAGAGGACAGACUAUCAGCUGGUUAACAUCAAUGAAAACUACAUGUCCUUGAUGAGCGACAACGGUGACAUCAGAGAGGACCUGCGCGUCCCUGAAAGCGAAGUCGGCAAGGAAAUUGAAGCAAAGUUUGAGGCGGGUGAAGAAUUCAUGGUCACCGUGAUUUCUGCCAUGGGGGAGGAAUGUGCUGUCGCUACCAAGGUCUUGGCCAGCAAAUAGAGAGAUGGACUUUGCUGCCCAGGCAACAAACACCACCCACAACCCAUCUCUUUGCAUUUCAUUGGUUCUGUCACCAAAGCGUCGGCCUUCACAGACCUCAAAUCAUUCUGUUUUAAUUUCUCUCAUCAGUUAUCUUUUUAUUUCCCCCGUUUCCUCCUCCCCCCUUCAUUUCUCUUUUCCGUUGCUGUUGGGAAUGUUCCACUGCAGCUCGCUGCGUGGUCCUCUGCCUGAUCAUUGAGUUUUUGUUUGGUAACAAUCUACUUUAUAUAAAAACAACUUUAAAAAAUA